AUGUUCCAGAGUCAGGCCUCCUCUCAGUUCUCCGAGCACUAUCCCUCAUCGGCUUUUGAGGAUAAUCCGCGAGAUACCCUCUCCUUCUUCACUUCUGAUGGGCUAUUCAACGUCGACGGGCGCGAAACGCCAAUUUCCACUCCUGACGUGAGCCUACUCCGACCGGUGAUUCCUCCUGCUUUCCCAGGAACACUCGAACGCGUUAAUCCUCCUAAAAGGAAGGACUAUAUCCUCUGGACUGAAAUGGCAAAUAAGGAUUUUAUCGUCUAG